CGGCAGCCAUGAACGGCGAGGAGCAGUACUACGCCGCUACGCAGCUCUACAAGGACCCGUGCGCCUUCCAGCGGGGCCCAGCGCCGGAGUUCAGCGCCAGCCCCCCGGCUUGCCUGUACAUGGGCCGCCAGCCCCCGCCACCGCCGCCCCCCUUCCCCAGCGCCCUGGGCCCGCUCGAGCAGGGCAGCCCCCCGGACAUCUCCCCAUACGAGGUGCCCCCCCUGGCCGACGACCCCACGGUGGCGCACCUCCACCACCACCUGCCUGCCCAGCUCGCGCUCCCUCCCGCGCCUGCCGGGCCCUUCCCGGAUGGAGUCGAGUCCGGGCCCCUAGAGGAGCCCAGUCGCGUCCAGCUGCCCUUCCCGUGGAUGAAAUCUACUAAGGCUCACGCGUGGAAAGGCCAGUGGGCAGGCGGCGCCUACGCAGCAGAGCCAGAGGAGAACAAGCGGACGCGCACUGCCUACACUCGCGCGCAGCUGCUGGAGCUGGAGAAGGAGUUCCUAUUCAAUAAAUACAUCUCUCGGCCACGCCGAGUGGAGCUGGCCGUCAUGCUGAACUUGACCGAGAGACACAUCAAGAUCUGGUUCCAGAACCGCCGCAUGAAGUGGAAAAAGGAGGAGGACAAGAAGCGCGGCUGUGGGACAGCGGUCGGGGGUGGAAACACGGAGCCGGAGCAGGACUGCGCGGUGACCUCGGGCGAGGAGUUGAUGGCACUGCCGCCGCCCCAGGGGGGUGCUGUGCCGCCUGCGGUCGCCGCCGCUCGAGAGGGCCGCCUGCCUCCCAGCCUCAGCAAGUCCCCCAAGCCCUCCAGCGUCGCGCCCCUGCUGCCGCAGGAAUCCCGGUGAGAGAUGGGAGCUCCUCCCUGCCCUGCGGCUUCAGCCACUCCAGAAGGAGGGAGGAGCGGGCCUAGGA